UGAUUACUCGCCGGAACCCGGUGAUUGCCGAGCAUCUUCGAUGGGGGGAGAACUGUUUGUAAGCAAAACAGUUCUCUCCCCUGUCAGCUCCUGCACACUGCUUUGCACGGAUCUGCAUAGAAAAGCCAUGCAAAGCAGUGUGCUUACAGUGAAGCACACAAACACAGCACACAGUAAAAUACACACAGCACACAGUUAACCCUUUGAUCGUCCCUCAUGUUAACCCCUUCCUGCCCAGUGCCAUUAGUACAUUGUCAAUGCUUUUUAUUAGCACUGAUCACUGUAUUAGUGUCACUGGGGAUGUCAGUGACACCAAUUCAGUUCCCCCCCAGUUGUCAGAAUGCCCGCCGCAGUCCCGCUAUAAGUCACUGA